GGGACAUGCUGCUGACUAUAUUUAGGAAAUUCCAGUCCUAAUACCUCAUCAGACUGGCUCUCUGUUGGAACAAUUGCCUUUUAUUGACAGCACUUGUAAGGAUAUUACAAAUGUCACCAACACAGAAAUGAUAUUUGUGAAAUGUUACUGGAAUAUAUGCAUUAUAAAUGAAAGAAUGGAAUUCAUGUGACAAUGAAGAAAGACGAAAGCUUGCAUGAGGAGUGUUACUAGUGACAAGCUCAUUAGGGACAAAGACUAGAUACUCUGGGGAUUGAGGGAUGUGUAUUGCAUGAUCGUGUGUUAUCGUCUGCUGGAAUUUUUAAAGAUCAAUUGUUGGACAUCCACGCUAGUCAUCCUCACUCUGCCUGCCCAUCACGGUAUACGGUGUACCAUAGAGUACUUCCAAUCCAAUGCCAAAACAGUAAAUCAGAUGGGCAGCACUAUUUUGACCAAAAACCAGUGUCAAUGCUAACAGGACUAGAAGGAGAUUGUGAGACAUAGCGACCCAACGAUGGCUGCAUGAUUAAUGUUUAUCUAGCGUGGCUGAAACUUGUAACAAUGGAGGAUCCUCAAAUAGCUCUGGAUGGAAUUCCAUUGAGUAUCAUGUCUUCUAGUGCUCGAAAGAAAUACACAGACGCAAUUACAAAACAGAAUACCAUCGCAGAAACAGCUAUACAGUCUUUGGAUUCUCUAAAUGACCAGAUUGUACAGUAUAUAUUCACACCAUCCAAUGGACAGAGUUUCGAUUUCGACAAGGAUCUCUUGCCAAAUGAACAAGAGACACUGAAGUCGUCGAUGGUUUUGAUUCGACGGCUUCUUCACGACGCGCAGAGCAAGUUUCGUAAAAUGGUAGAAGACAAUAGACAGCUGGCAGCUCGUAUUGAUGGAUCUAUACAUGCAGCUAACCAGGAAGUAAAUGCCCUGAGGACUGAACUAGUGGACACAAAUAAACGAUUGUCAGAGAUUGGAACUGGCAUUGAGAAACGGGACUGUGGAGUGCAAUGUGACGGUGAAAAUACGCCACGCCACAAAGCUGAUGAGGAAAAUGAGCUGAAACAAUUAAGGGAAGAGAACUCCCGUCUGGAGUCACGCCUGGCAACACUGGAACAAGAUGACCUCAAGGACAUCGCUACGGAAACCACAAAGAUUGGAGAAAUGAAGCUUGACCUUAUUCAGACCAAACAGGAGCUCAACCGAGCCAAAGAGGCAUUGCAAGCAAUGAAGGGUGAUCGAAAGCGUCUGAAGGCAGAAAAGCUGGAACUUCUGAACCAAAUGCGUCAGUUAUAUACAACUCUAGAGGAUAAGGAAACAGAGCUCAGAGACUUUAUACGCAACUAUGAGACUCGUAUGAGGGAAAGUGAUGAAACCAUCAAACAGCUUGCCACAGAGCGGGAGGAUUGUGAACAUGAACGCUGGGAUCUGAUGAAACAGGUCCGAGACGGACAGGAACGUACCUUCAUACUCAGGACACAACUGGAGACAAAAGACGCACAAAUAAAGAAGCUGGAAGUAGAAUUAGUGGAGGCAAAGGAGCAGCAAGUAUGUGGUCAGAAGCUUCGCAGCAGUAUGAACCACUCCCCUAACAGUGUUGGCGGAACAACGACAAACAGUGAAGAAUUACCGCCCUAUGAAACACCGCCUCCAUCAACAAACUUCAAUUCCAAAAAUAGUAGCAUGGAAGCACUGCCCAUUACGCCUAACAACAAGACGAGGGAAAGAAGCAAUUCCCUUACGCCAUUGUUGGAUAGCUCCGAUUUCAGUCCUUCUAGUCAAGAUGCAACAGACAGUCCUGCAGACCCAAAAAAGAAGAAAAGGAUAAGCCUCAAUUCCAUAUCCCGAGUAUUCUCACGGGGUCGGGUCCGGCGCUCGAUAGCUCUUCCUGCAGACACUGACUUGGAUGACAUUCCACCCAACUCAAGAUUAACAUUAUUAAACCCUGACAACUAUCAAGAAAAACUGCAGAUCGUUGAGCAGUCUAAAGGUUGUCACAUGACUUUAUGGAAAGCCAAUCAGGUGUUAGCAUGGCUAGAGAUUGUUCUCAAUAUGCCAAUGUAUGGUAAAAUGUGUACAGCUAACAUUAAGAGUGGAAAAGUCCUGUUAGGUCUUAGUGAUUCAGAACUUGGAUCAGCACUCGCAAUUUCCAACCCCAUGCACAGAAAGAAGAUUCGGAUUGCGAUAGAAGAGGCCCGAAAUCCAGCAGAUAUAGCAUUCCCCAAAUCCUCCUUGCUUGACCAUACGUGGGUAGCGCAUCGCUGGAUGGCUGACCUGGGUCUGCCACAGUAUAUACAGUCAUCAGAGACCAAUCUUAUCGAUGGACGCAUGCUCAACAUCCUCUCAAAGAAAGAGAUGGAAAAACACUUGGGUAUACAUCGAAAAUUCCACCAGGCCAGCAUAUUUCAUGGCGUUGAAUUACUGCGCAGACUCAAUUUCGACAAAGAGAUACUGGCUGAUCGGCGAUCAAAGUGUGACAGCACAGAAACAGACCCACUGGUGUGGACCAAUCAAAGAGUCAUUAAGUGGAUCCAGAACAUAGAUUUGGAGGAAUAUGCUAAAAAUCUGAAGGAGAGUGGCGUUCAUGGGGCCCUGAUGGUACUGGAACCUCAGUUUACAUCGGACACCCUUGCCACAGCCCUAGGUAUACCACCUUCCAAGUCCUAUAUCCGGCGACAUCUCAAGACAGAACUUGAAUCUCUAGUCAAACCAGCCAGAAAUUCCAUUAAUGUUGUAAAUGGUAACAACAACAAAACCCUGACACGGAACUCCACACUUACUAGAGCCUAUAGGAGCUCUUCCAUUACGGAAACUACGGGGCCAAAAACGAAGCUUAGCUUCCGGGGAUCUCUGGGCAGAGCUUUCGGAAGGAAAGUCAGAGAAGACAUGAAAAAUUUCUCCUUUGAAGAGGAAACCUCCAAAAGGAAAAUCUCAGCCCCAAUGAACUUUCAGCACAAUUCUUUACAAUCAGUAUUUGAAGUUGAGAAAGUGAAAACAAAUUCCUAGCAUUCAUUUAGAAUAUUUUAGAUUUUCACAAAUUUCUAAUUCCUAGUUAUUAAUACCCAGUGGAAAAGUGCAAUUUUUGUGUGAAUAAACUUAUUUGAAUUGAGACAUGCAAGGAUCAUCAUAUGAGAUUUUGGAUGUGAAGAAGCAUUCUUCCUGUUGAUAGGACUGGCACAGCGAUUUGUACAUGUCAGGAGUAUUGUAGGGUUGUCUAUUUACGUAUAGACCUGACAUUUGUAAUGUCUUUUAGAAUUUUAGUUGUGCAUGCAUCAAUGGUAACUGGUCAUGCUUAUUUGUUUUUAAAGUACUGAUAAUUUGUUUUAAACAGUUAAGAUGAAAUUUUUUUAAAGAUUUUUUUUCUAAAUUGAUAAAUCACAAGGGUACAUCUAUUAGCAUAAUGACCGUAUAUCUUACAGUGAACAGUAUUUGUUGGAGUAAAAUUAUUUAUUUGCAUAAUAUAUACAUAUAUUUAGGAACCAGUAUUUUCAUCAAAUGCUUAUAUAACAUAUACGUAUGUAUUUAGAAACAAAACUCAUUGUUACAUAUUGAAAUGUGAUAAAGUCAGCAAUCUCAUGAUAUCUGUUUAUAUUUGUGAAAGAAAAAUAGAUUCUGGAGUAUAUAGAGAGAUUGAUGGGAAAUUUUUCUCUAUUAUUUAUUUGUUUUCAAUUCAAAUGUGUAAUACGAGUAAUGAAACUCACUUGUUAAACUUUUAAAAUCUAUCUAAAUUAGUUGUAAUCAAAACUACAUACGUAUCUGAUGAAAAUGAUCAAUUCACUUGAAAUUUUACAGACUUUUAAAUGUACUUUUUGAAACUGCAUUUGCUCAAAUUUUAUCCAUGACCAGCUUCAUGAAAGAAUUUAAUAUUCAGUAUAUAUUGACAAGAACAAUUAAAUCACAGAAAUUCAAUUAACUUUUUGAAUUCAUGUAAAUUGUAUUUUAUGAAUAAAUUUAAAUACAGUUAUGAAUAUUUAUAUGUAGUUAUGAAUAUUUUAACAUAGAUAUGAAUAUUUAUAUGCUGUUAUGAAUAUUUUAAUACAGUAUGAAUAGCUGUACCAUAACAAAUCAAAGGAACAUUUUGUAUGGAUGUGCAAUUAUUCUCCAUAAAUCAAAUUAUUUACAAAUCCAUUGUGGAUGAUCUUAAUUUAUAUACACAAUCACUUAAUUUGACAAAUUAAUUGUAAUAUAUAUAAUUGGAAGUAUGUGUUAUUGCCAUUUUUAACUAUGUAUGUUGUUUCAUUUUGUUUUAAUCAGAACAGGUAUACUAACCAUGUUUAUUUUUAUUAUCAAAAGUACAGCCACUAUAGGAAGAUUAGCGAAAUGUCAGUAGGAACAUGUUAAAUAGAAUGAUAAGUGUUAUCAGAUGAUUUUAAUGUGUUUUAAUUUGAUCAGAGAAUUCAGUGAGUAGUAAGUUUUAUUCUUAUGAGUACAAUUAAAAACAGCACAAUUCAAAGAAUUUUUUUCUUUAUGCAAUCACUUCAAAAAUGCUUUCACAUGUAAAUUCCUCAUAAUUAUCUUUUAACUGCUUGUUUUACAAUAGUUUUAAGUUUUUAGUGUAAAAUUUAACACAGAUAUAUUAUGAUUAGUCUAUCUGUCCCUGUCUGUCUAAACUCUCUUUAUCGGUCAGGUUUCAAGUUGUAGCCUUCAGUUUCCAGUUUACAGUCCCAUUCCCACAUCUGUCAAACUUUUGAAAAUAAUAUCAAUCAUUUGCACUAUGAUAAUGUGUUUAUUUCUUAAACUGAGUACAUAACAUUGCAUCAUGUGAUGAUAAGUUCAAGAUUAAUCAAAUUUUUCUUCAGUUUGUGAAAUAAUUCAAACCAGAGAUCUCCAGUCUUCCAAGGUUGAGGCAUGGCAGGUACACUGAGAGUCUUGUGCAAAUUUCAUCAUCAACAGCAAUUUUUAAAACUUUUAACAUUUUAAUAUUUUUAGAUAUUUAGUACUUUCCUUAAAACAAUGUUCUUUGGCCCUUUUAUAUCCUACCUCAUAUUCCAUCAUGACAUAUUGGUUUCUACUGCAUAUAAACUUAUUGAAAGUCAAUAAUUUGAAAACCUAAAUAUUGUACUCAUAACUGUAAAGUGAAAAAUAUGAGAGAUCAACAUAUUGAAUAAUUAAUCUUAAAAAAAUUGUUUCAGAGUUUUAAAUUCACAACUAAUUAAAAUAAUCUAGGAAAACUUGAUUUAAAGAAUUUUGGCUGAGAUGAUUCAAUUGAGGAAGUAGAUAAAGUAGAACAUAUCUCAUUCUUGACUGAAUCUAAAAAUAUGAUAUCUGCAUUUUUAGCAUUGUUGUAUAUUUUCUGGAUCAUUAUCAUAUAUCAAAGCAUUUCCAUAGAAAUUAAUGAAAUCAAACAGUUCAAUGAAAAUAGAAAGUAUUGUUGAAAUUUUUCACCAGCCAAUAUCAUGCAGAAGUACUGCCUUAUUUGAGCUUCCUCUUCCAUCUAUUUCUGAGGAAAGAAUCUGGUUUUGAACAAAAGAAAUAAUUAGUGUGUUAAUAAAUUGUUCUCUAAUUUUUUUAUCCUUUUCUACUCGAAAGAUUUUUUCUGGAUGAAAUAGUGAGCAAUUAUCUUUCCACAAAUAUAUUCAAAUAUUUAUCAAUUCAUGUGUAAAAAAUUAUAGUUCUGACAGAAACACAUUGUAUAUGUUAAUGAUGAACAAAAAUACCAGGUGAAAUGGCCCGUGCACGGCUGUGAUCACAAAGUUGGUUUUAUAUCAAAGUGUAGGUGUAUCAUAUUCAUUUGAAGUGUGUUCCAAUUAGCCUGUUUUUCAUGAUUCCUUAGUUGCUAGGAAAUAGGAAGUUGCUUAAUAAGAUGUAGGGAUUACAUCAUUACAGUAGAUGUGUUCUUCAAACUUUCAUCUUUAUGGUUAUAUACAUAUCUAGCUGUGUGAGGGUGUAAGUUGGAGGGAGUCCUUGAUUUAUGUUGCGGAUGAUUCUGUUUAAUUGUUUAUUUUAGAUCAGAUUUGUGUAGGAUAAAACCAUAAAUAAUAUUUGUAAAUAUUCUGGAUACGGAGUACAAUGAAAUGUUUAAAUUUUUUCCAAUAAAAUGCAAGUUAUAAGUGCUUUAACUGGAUGUUUUACUUGAGGGAGAACGUAAACAGGUCUUAAAAAUUUCAAGUGUUGUGUGUGAUUUGAAAGUUAACGAGUAUGCUUGAAAUGAAAAGCAUCAAAUCUUCAUUUAAGAGUUGAUGAAAGUGAAAAUUUGUAAACAAAAUAUUCUAGAGUCUGUGUACUGUAUUUAAGAACUAUAAAUAUUUUAUUGUCUGUGAUGCGAGAAAUGUACGAGAGUUAACUCCCUUGUAUCAAUUUUUAGGAGAUCUUUUGUACCAUAGUAGUUCUUCCUGCGCAGAUUGUAUGAGGGUAAAGUUGUUGUUUUAGUUAUCAUGAUCUCAUAAUUGUAUGGAGUGUGUAAGAACACAGGACAUAGUUACUUCAUGUAGUACAUGUAUCGGUAACUUGAGAUUCCUAAAGUGAAAGUGACAAUGAUGACAUUACCUGAUAUCAGAGGACAUGCCUGAUGAUUGAUGAAUUAUGGCUAUAAUAUGUGAUACAAGCAUUUUUUAUCAUUGUAUAUUUGUCAUUUUUAUUGUAAAUAUGAGUACUUUUAUGUAAAGAUGUUUAAUGCUUUCAUCAAACAGUGUUGAAUAUAGGAAAACUAAACAUUAAAACAUU